AUGCCUGCAGUGAGCUCCCGUGAUCUGGGCCGGGUUGCUGCGGCGACAUGUCUGACAGCGGGCGCUCUGCUGGCGAUUGAGGUGAUCAGAAUCAAGCGACGACGUGGGCCCAAGAACUUCAGGGACUACGUGCCGCUGGAGUCUUCUCGGGCCGAGGGUGAGGACUGCACCCGCGACCGCUUCUCGCAGAAGAAACUCCCGAAGCGCAUCGACGUGGUGGUGGUGGGCUCGGGGAUCGGAGGUCUGUACCUGGCUGCCCUGCUGGCAAAGUCUGGCCGAGCGGUGCUGGUCUUGGAGCAGCAUUAUGUCGCUGGCGGCUGCACGCACGAGUUUACAGACAAAGGGUGGACCUUCGACACAGGUGUGCACUACGUGGGGCGCGUGGAGAAGUAUGGAAAGCUGCUGGACCUCGUGUCUGACGAGCCGAUCAAGUUUGCACAGCUCGGAAGUCAGUCGGAUGGCUUCGUCUACGAUCGCAUCAAGCUCGGAGAGGAGCCGGUCCAGGCUCUUCGGGCUGGGCGGCAGCACUUCAUUGAGGACCUCCAGAAGCGCUUUCCGGAGGAGAAGGAGGCCAUCGAAAAGUACGUGGAGCUGGUCACCAAGUGCAACAAGGGGGCGGAGCUCCACUUCUUCGGGAAGCUCUUUGCGCGCCCCCUGGAGCUGCUCCUGGAUCUCUUCCUUGGUGGCAAGUUCAAGAAGCUCGCCACCCGAACGGCGAAGGAGGUGCUGGACGAGCUCUUCUCCUCGGAACUGCUGAAGUCCAUCCUUCUCGGCCAAUUCGGUGACUAUGGCAUGAGGCCUUCUGCUGCUUCCUUCUUCAUCCACUCGGGCAUCGUCAGCCACUACCUGGAGGGCGGCUACUACCCCGUUGGUGGUCCCCAAAGGAUCAGCCGCGGUCUCAUCCGCACCAUCGAGAAAGCCGGGGGCCGGGUCCUCGUUAACGCCCCCGUCGCCCGGGUGGAGGUGGCGCGGAAUCGGGUCACCGGCGUGACCCUCCGGAACGGCACUUACAUCCCGGCGCCCAUGGUGGUGUCCGCUGCCGGCGCGGAGGCUACGUCGAAGUUCUUCCCACAGUAUACCCCGCCCCAGAAGCUGCAGGGAGGCAUCAGCCACAUGUAUGCCUUCCUUGGCCUCCAUGGCACUGCAGAGGAGCUGGAGCUGAGUUCAUCAAACCUCUGGGCUUUGCCUUCUCCGAACAUCGAGAGGGACAUGGAAAGGUACUACGCCGAUCCUUGGCCCAUGGUCGACUCAGGCUCCCUACUGCUUUUCGUUGGCUUCCCUUCUGCCAAGGAUCCGGAGGCAGCGGCAAGGCAUCCGGGGAAAAGUACGUGCGUGAUCAUCACGGAGGCCAAAGAGGAGUGGUUCAGCAAAUGGAGGGAUGCCAAGCAGGGCAAGAGGGGUGCCGACUAUGAGCAGCUGAAGAAGCGAUUCGAGGACGCUGUGGGGCCUUAG